CUGACUGAAAUUUAAAAUUGAUAAAGCCGAAAUAUUUACUGAGGAACUGAAUUACUCAUGGUGCUGAAGGCCAAUAAAGACCCUGGUUGCUACCAACGUGUGUGCAGCUUGUUGAUGCAUCUGCCACAAAUAUUCGUUAUCAGCAGAUAAAAGUAUACGAAAGUGAAAAUCGCGCGUUUGACUAAGUGUGUGUGUUUGCGAACCGGCUCACGUGUUGUUUUGUUGUUUAUACCCGGCGCGUUGUAAAUAAAAAAAAAGUUUGGGCGCCGCUAUCGCGAGCAGAGCUACAAAAAUGGAAAGAUUCAGCAUGUCUGGCAUCAAUUUACCAUCGUCCAGUGCCGAAGUUCCGUUCCGGACAAGUGAGCAGCGCAAGAUGUCCUUCAGCGAGAAUCCUUGCGGUCUCGUUGGCGUCAUCGACGAGGGAACGAAAACCAUCACGUUCUCCGUGUACACAACGCCCGACUUCAAGGAGAUCGCGUCGCACAGCGUUGAGCUGAGCAUUAUUACGCCACAAGAUGGUUGGUACGAACAGGAUCCCAUGGAGAUGAUGAACUCGAUCAAUCAUUGCGCCAAGGAGUCGCUCAAAGAGAUCGAGAAGAAGGGCUACUCGGUGAGCGAUAUCGCAAGCGUGGGGAUUACGAAUCAGCGUGAGACGACAAUUGUUUGGGAUGCGGUCACAGGCAAGCCGCUGUACAAUGCCAUCGUCUGGAAGGAUAUUCGCACAUCGACCACCGUCGAGAAGAUACUCGCCAAGGUGGGAGACCCGAAUCAUUUCAAGGAGACCACAGGCUUACCGAUCUCUACGUAUUUCUCGGCGCUGAAGAUCAAAUGGCUGAACGACAAUGUUCCCGCAGUGAAGCAGGCGAUCAAAAAGAAUCGCUGUAAAGCGGGAACUGUGGACAGCUGGAUCAUCUGGAAUCUGACGAAUGGUGGUCUGCACAUCACGGAUGUGACGAAUGCUUCGCGCACGCUACUCAUGAAUCUGUGCACUCAGAAUUGGGAUCCUGUGCUGUUGCGCACCUUUGGCAUCGAGCAAGAGAUGCUGCCACGCAUUCACAGCUGCUCGGAGAUCUUUGGCAAGGUGACGAACGAUCGCAGCGCCUUGCAGGGCAUCGUCAUCAGCGGCAUUCUGGGCAACCAGCAGGCUUCGCUGCUGGGUCAGAUGUGUGUCAAGCCCGGCCAGACCAAGAACACAUAUCGUUCUGGGUGCUUUCUGCUCUGUAACACGGGCUAUCAGCCGGUCUUCUCGCGUCACGGCAUGCUUACCACUGUGGCCUACAAAUUGGGCCCCAAAUCUCCCACUGUCUUUGCGCUGGAAGGAUCGGUUUCGGUGGCUGGGCAUGCGCUCUCCUGGCUGCAGAACAAGGUGCGACUGCUGCCCGACUCGAAGGAGGCGGAGAAGUAUGCGGACAUGGUACCGACGUCGGGUGAUGUCUACUUUGUGCCAGCGUUCACGGGAUUGUAUGCACCAUACUGGAGUCAGAAUGCACGUGGCAUCAUCAUUGGACUGACGCAAUUCACGCGCAAGAAUCACAUUGUGCGUGCGGCGCUGGAGAGCAUCUGCUUCCAGACGCGCGACAUUCUGGAGUGCAUGCACCAGGAGUGCGGCUAUGAGAUCAAUAAGAUCCAUGCCGAUGGCAAGCUGACCACAAACAAUCUGCUGAUGCAACUGCAAGCGGACACCGCUGGUCUGCCCAUCUUUCGCUCUCAGCUGACCGACUCAACGGCCUUUGGCGCUGCCAUGUGUGCCGCCCAUGCCGAGGGCAUUAAUCUCUGCCGCUUUGAGCCCGAGCGACGAUACUACGAGAAUGUGCAUUACGACACAUUCUUGCCCACAACAACGGUGGCGGAACGUGAGGAGCGCUAUGGCAAAUGGAAACGGGCCGUGGAGCGUUGUCUGGGCUGGGUGAUUAAACAGAAGAAGACCAAGACAAAUACGGCUGCCUAUCAUCGAAUGUUGUCUUCGCUGCCCGCCAGCAUUUUCAUCAUGAGCAGCUUUGCCAUGCUGGUACACUCGGUUGCCUCAGUCAAGCCAUAGACAAGCUGCAAGCUGUUGGCUUUAAGCUCAAGCUGCCUUCUACUACUGUGUCCACCUGGAGGUGUUCCUUCUUAAGACAGGAUUCCAUGACGCGUGCAUCGAUGCUUUCGGUUGUGAUAUUGAUUACUUUCAAGUGAUUCCCCCCCUUAAAAACAAAAUUGUAGAUACUUAGUUGAAAGAUGUUAAAUAAGACAGGAGCACAAGCCUCUCUACAUAUUCCCUUGCCAUCUAUAUACAUAUAUAUCGGUUUACGUACUUUAAAAUACAUUUAUUGAGGCGUGUACUUAUCUAAUCGUCUGUGUUUCUUCUGUGUUGCAUAUUUGAUUCAAUUCACAAUUGUACAUAAACACAAUAUGCAUUAAGUAGCUGUAAAGUAAAAAAAAAAACAAAUUAAUAUAUCUGUAUAUAUAUAUAUUUGUGU